CAGCCGAUGGAGGACUACAAAUAUUUAUUCAAAGUUGUAUUGGUUGGAAAUGCUGGUGUUGGGAAAACAUGUCUUGUUCGAAAAUUUACACAGGGUAUAUUUCCUCCUGGCCAGAGCGCAACUAUUGGUGUUGAUUUUAUGAUCAAAACUGUUAAGAUAGACAAUGAUAAAAUCAAAGUGAGCUUUCUUUCGCGUUUUGCUUUCUUCACUCAUUUUUUGCUUGACGUGAUCAGGUGA